GGAAAACUCAAAGACAUUUGUUGUUUAUCAAUAAAUCAUUUGUAAAAGAAGGAAAUAACCCAAAUUAUAAAAAUAUGCAACUUUUUAUUUGCAAUCUUAAAAUUUUCUGCAUCUGUUCAUACACUGGUCAUUUGAAGUAUGGCAGUUUGGGUUACAACAACCGGGUCAAACAUACCAGAGGGGGCAAUAAGGGGUGGAUAUGAGGCGGAUGGGAAACCACUUUUUAUUGCCCGAGCACAAAUUGAAGGCGUCAUGACGCCUGGAAAAUGUGGAAAUCACCUUCCUGGAGCUCAUAUUCCAUAUGGCAUGAAGGAACAAAUCUUCAAACAGUACGAAGUGUUGGUUCAUCCCUCGGGUAAUCCUGGAUUUUUAGAUUGGCAGAAGGUUUCUAACGGCAACGUGCCACCGAAUGCCUAUAGGACCGACAAUGAUACGUAUGUUGGGAGAGCUUUCUACCAGGGGAGUUUAGUGCCAGGGAAAGUUGCUUCUUCUGAGCCUCACAAGUGUGCAUACAUCGGUCACGGGGGCCAAGAAAUCAGUGUAAAGGAAUGUGAGGUUCUGUGUCAGAUGAAAUAAUUUGGGAACAAUAUUCUGAUUUCGUGAAAGUAUAAAAAUAAAU